AUGGAGUGGCAGCUGGCCUUUGACCGCCGCGGCUCCUUCCUGGAGAGCCUGGCCUCGCCCCAGAUGUCGUACAGCUGGGGCUACGCCGCCGCUGCCGCCGACGGUGCCGGCACGUCCAGCAACCGCAAGGCGGCAGGCAGCACCAGCAACAGCAGCACGAGCAGCGGCAGCGGCAGUGGGGGCGGCUACUUUGGCACGGCCGGCGUGUGCUGGGCGUCGGAUGAUGCGGGGUGCCCUCGGGUGAUGCAGCUGGACGACGAGGAGGCACUCCUUCUUUCCACCUGGGUCCGCACCGGCACCUGGGUACUGCCCCGCGUGGCGGCACACCUGCACAUCGCGGCGGUGGCAGCCCCCGCGCAGAAAGGCACCGCAAAGGCUGCCAAGGCCCAGGGCGGCAGCACGGCGUGGGUAGAGCUGCGGCUGCGGGGAGGAGGCCAGGUGGUUGUCUGGCUGGAGCUGUGCACGACCAGCUGGCUGCCGCGCAGCAUGCGCCUGCGCCUGGCAGGAGACGAGGAGGUGUGGGAGCUCAGCGACUGGCGAGAGUGGCAGCCAGGCCUGUGGCUGGCGGGCACCGCCACGCAGAGCAGCAGCGAGGAGGGCGGCGUGAUGAACACCUACCAUGCUUGCUCGGUGACGCUGCAAGAUGCGCCGCUCAGCCUCCUGCCUGCCAUGGAGAGCGGCGGUGCCAGCAGCAGCGGCAGCAGCGGCGGCAGCAGGAGCAGCAGCGGAAGCCGAUUCACGCCGCCACAGGCGCCGCUGAUGCCGGACGACAGCUCCUUCCUGCCGGGGGUGCCUGAGGAGGUGCCUGCUUGGUACACCAUCAGCGGGCACAGCCUGGUGCAGCCGUUGCUGGACGGGCGGCCGGUGGGCUACUUCAUUUUCGACACCGGCGCCUCUGGCUUUGUGCUGGACCCGGCGGUGGCAGAGGCGCUGGGCCUGGAGGCCUUUGGCGAGCUGCAGGUCACCUCCAUGGUCGGCAAGGUGGCCUCCCGGUUCAGGCGGGCUGCCAGCUUCCAGCUGGGCCCUCUGCGCAUCGAGCGGCCGCUGCUGAUGGAGCUGCCCUGCACGGGGCUGGUGGCGGGGCUGCCGGAGGGAGGCCGUGUGGCGGGCAUCGUGGGGCACGACGUGCUGCGGCGGGCGCUGGUGCACAUGCCGCCGCACCCCCGCCGCGCCCCCUCCCGGGAAGCUGCCGCGGCAGACGCAGCGGUGGACUCCCCAGCGGCAGCGCUGGCUGCCUCUAUGUCGACGGCCCGACUGCGGCGCACUCCGCUGCAGUUCACCCUUCGCCUGCAGCACCCGGCGGCCGCGGACGACGGCAACUCAGAUGCUGCCGUGCCAGGCGUGCAAGCCAGCAGCCCGGCGGCAGCUUCCAGCGCCGGCAGCAGCAGCAGCGCAGGCGGCAAGACAGCGGCCACAGCAGCAGCAGCAGGCAGUGCAGAGGCAGCGGGUCCCGCUGAGCCUGAAGCCGAGUCCAGCAGCAGCCCAGGUAACGGCAGCAGUAGCAGCAGCAGCAGCAGCCGCAGCAGCAACAAGCCAAGCGCAGCCCCGCCGCGCCGCAGCAGCGCCACUCGUGCCGGCAGGCGGUCGCAAGGGGUGGCGCGCGGUGCAGGCGGGGUGCGGCAGCAGCAGGAGCCGCGGUGGCUGCCGCUGGUGAUGGUGGCUGGGCUGCCUCAUGUGGAGCUGGAGCUGGUGAGCGCCUCGGGGCGGCGCCACAGCGGGCUGUUCAUGCUGGACUCUGGGGCGGGCGGCUUUGAUGUCAUUGUCAACCCCAAGGCGGCACGCAGCCUGCAGCUGGGACAGGGCAGCGCCGCUGCGGGUGGCGGCACCACGCACAUCAAGGGCAUCGGCAGCGGCGCAUCGGACCGCCUGACUGCGCAGCGCUGCCAGCUGGCAGAGGCGCGGCUGGGCGCCACCACCCUCAGCCCCGUGACGGCGGUGUUCCAUAGCGGCGGCGGAAGUGGUGGCGGCGGCGGCGCUGGGCUGUCACUGUCGCAGCACACCAGCGGCAUUGUGUGCGCAGGCCUGCUGGGCCGCUGCUCCCUGCUCUUUGACUACGCCCGCAUGCGCAUGGCCGUACUGGGCGGCGCUGAGCGGUAG